GCGCAGGCGGGCGGCGCGGUCCCCAUGGCGCUGCUGUAGCGGUGCUGUUCCCUAGGAUCCGGGAUGAGCGCGGCCGAGGCGGACCGUUGGGCGUGGCUGCUGGUGCUGAGCUUCGUGUUCGGGUGCAACGUGCUGCGGAUCCUCCUGCCGUCCCUGUCCUCGUUCGUUUCCAGGGUGCUGCAGAAGGAUGCAGAGCAAGAGUCACAGAUGAGAUCAGAGAUCCAGAACAUGAAGCAGGAGCUGUCUACCGUCAACAUGAUGGACGAGUUUGCCAGAUACGCCAGACUGGAAAGGAAGAUCAAUAAAAUGACGGACAAGCUCAAAACUCACGUGAAAGCGCGGACAGCUCAGUUGGCCAAGAUCAAAUGGUUUAUAAGUGUGGCCUUCUAUGUGCUACAAGCAGCGCUGAUGAUCUCGCUCAUCUGGAAGUAUUACUCCGUCCCUGUGGCUGUGGUGCCCAGCAAGUGGAUCACCCCGCUGGAUCGCCUGGUAGCCUUCCCUACUCGAGUAGCAGGUGGAAUUGGAAUCACCUGUUGGAUUCUAGUCUGUAACAAAGUUGUGGCCAUCGUGCUCCACCCGUUCAGCUGAGGGGAGACACGCAGCUACAAGGCUUUACAAAAGGAUUCCGUUAGGGUGAGGAGCUGACUGCACGCAGGUCCGCAGGUUC